UUUUUGGCCGAGAAGAAGGCGAGGGUCGAUGGCAAGGGCAACGCUGGUGGUGGAAACGGACGCGGAGGCCGUGCUGCUACCGCGCCAGAGUCGGUCGUGCCUCGGUUCCAGACGAAGCUCAGCAAACUUGGAAGGACACAGGACCACCGACGCACCUGCAGAAGGACGAACACCGACGAACAUGGACUCGCCUCUCCUCUUUGUCACCGUGGACAAAAAGCCUCCGUCGCCGGACGAAUUGAAUCCCGCCAAAAUCAAAGAUACCAUGUCGCAAGAUAAAGACAUCGAUGGGGUAUUGCUGAAAGCGCGUACAGCGUUCGCAAAAGGGAAAUCGAAACCCUACGAAUUUAGAAAGCAACAAUUGAAGAACAUCAUUCGCAUGUGCGAAGUCCACAGAGAUGAGUUUUAUCAGGCUUUGAAAGAAGAUUUAAACAAGAGUGUAUUCGAGUCGGCGUUAACAGAAAUCGAUAUUACCAUAAACGAAGCGAAAAACGCGCUCAGCAAUCUAAAAUCAUGGAUGGAACCAUACAGUGUACGUCAUCCUCCGAAAACAAUUCUUACCUUGUUAGACGAAGCGGUCAUCGUGAACGACCCAAGAGGAGUCGUCUUGAUAAUCGGGGCGUGGAACUACCCGGUCAACCUGAUUCUGAUGCCGCUGAUCGGCGCGAUAGCUGCCGGCAACUGCGUCAUCCUGAAACCAUCGGAAAACUCUCCGGCGACGUCUAAAGCGUUGACCAAGAUAAUUCCCCAGUACUUGGACAAAGAUUGCUACCACGUCUUGUUCGGUGGAGUGAAACUCACGGAGAAUUUACUGAAACGGAAGUUCGACUACAUUUUCUACACCGGAUCGAAAAGGGUUGGACAACUGGUGAGAGCCGCUGCGAACGAACACCUGACGCCGGUCACUUUGGAAAUGGGCGGGAAAAGCCCAGUUUUUAUAGACAAGACUGCGAACAUAUCGAUAGCGGCGAGAAGGAUUCUCUGGGGCAAAUGCAUCAACUCCGGGCAGACUUGCAUCGCGCCCGAUUACAUCCUCUGCUCCAAAGACAUCCAAUCCAAACUGGUCGAGGAACUUAAAAAAGGCAUCGAGGAAUUUUUCGGCGAGAAACCGUUGGACUCGAAGGAUAUCUGCAGUAUAAUCAACGAAGUCCAUUUCAAGCGGCUUUGCUCGUUGCUCAAGGAAGGAACGAUCGUCGUGGGUGGCAACAUAAGGGAAAAAGACAGAAAGAUCGCUCCCACAGUACUAACAGACGUCAAACUCAAAGAAUCAGUAAUGGAAGAUGAGAUUUUCGGACCGAUUUUGCCCAUUUACAACGUCGAAACUGUCGAGGAUGCCGUCAACUUUAUAAACGAGAGAGAUUUACCGUUGGCAUGCUAUGUAUUUUCGCAGGACAAAAAGGUUCAAAAGCAAUUCAUUACUGGAACCUCCUCCGGUGGGAUUUGCAUCAACGACACGGUGAUUUAUGCCAUAGUAAAUUCCCUGCCGUUCGGCGGAGUCGGAGCUAGUGGGAUUGGCGCAUACCAUGGCAAAUACACAUUUGACACGUUCACCCACAAAAAGAGUUGCGUCGUGAAGGGCUACAACGCCGUUUUGGAUCGUAUAUGGAGGAUACGCUACCCACCGUACACGACGAAAAAACAUCGUCUGUUGGCACACUUCUUGGGAAUGAGGAUGACCUUCUGUGGACCGCUGUUCGUAAACUCGAUUGUUUUCAUAUUCGGACUCAUCGUAGGACAACUGGGAAUACUUCUCUACAAGCGAUUCUCGGAGUGAUUUUCAUUAUUUAGACGGGAUAAUUUAAGGUUACAUCUAAUAAAUGUACACUGUUAGGAAUCAAGGUUUGUAUUGCACUAGUCAGCUGAGUUAUGGUUCUUGAGUAAAUAGUUUAACUUAGAGAGGGAGUUCAUGUUGCAUUAAAAUCUAUACUAUGUAAUAUCUAUAUUAUAUAAAUAAAUAUGCAUAAAAUAUAAAUGCUCGAGAGUACUACUGUAUUUA